AGGAAGCUUUAUAUAUAUAUUUUUAUACAAGUCUCUCUCUUAACCUCCAGGCUUGUUGAGGAAGUGAAGCUUCGCGCCAGCACCUGCCAGCUGCAGAACGAGGACGUCUACAUGAACACCACCUUCCAGGAUUUCAUCCAGAUGUGUGUCAGGAAACUACGAGGGGAGGACGGGGAGGAAGAGCUCGUGGUUGACUAUGUGGAAAAGAACAUCAACAACAUGACGGUAAAGAUCCCCCAUCAGCUGUUUAUCAACGGAGAGUUUGUGGAUGCAGAUGGCGGAAAGACCUACAAGACCAUCAACCCCACUGAUGGCACGGCCAUCUGUGAAGUGUCUCUGGCCCAGAUCAGUGAUGUGGACAAAGCAGUCGCUGCUGCUAAGGAGGCGUUCGAAUCGGGGGAGUGGGGCAAGAUGAACCCAAGGGACAGAGGAAGACUCAUCUACAAACUGGCGGACCUGAUGGAGGAACACCAGGAUGAGUUAGCUACUAUUGAAGCUAUGGACUCUGGAGCCGUUUACACUUUGGCCCUCAAGACUCAUGUGGGCAUGUCCAUCCAGACGUUCCGUUAUUUUGCUGGCUGGUGUGACAAGAUCCAGGGCAGCACCAUUCCCAUCAACCAGGCCAGACCCAAUCGUAAUCUGACUUUCACCAAGAAGGAGCCAAUUGGAGUGUGUGCCAUUGUGAUUCCGUGGAACUAUCCGCUGAUGAUGCUGGCGUGGAAGACCGCAGCCUGCCUGGCAGCAGGAAACACCGUCGUCCUCAAACCAGCUCAGGUCACUCCGCUUACAGCGCUCAAGUUUGCUGAACUGGCAGCAAGAGCGGGACUGCCCAAAGGGGUGGUUAACAUUCUGCCUGGUUCAGGCGCUCUGGUGGGCCAGCGUUUGUCUGACCAUCCUGACGUGCGAAAGCUGGGCUUCACGGGUUCUACAGAAAUCGGCAAGCACAUCAUGAAGAGCUGUGCAGUCAGUAAUGUCAAGAAGGUUUCCUUGGAGCUCGGAGGAAAAUCCCCUCUCAUCAUCUUCGGUGACUGUGACAUGGACAAGGCUGUGCGCCUGGGCAUGAGCUCCGUGUUCUUCAACAAAGGAGAGAACUGCAUCGCAGCUGGCCGGCUGUUUGUGGAGGAGACCAUCCAUGACCAGUUUUUGACAAAAGUGGUAGAGGAGGUUAAGAAGAUGAAGAUUGGCGAUCCGUUGAACCGCUCCACAGACCACGGCCCUCAGAAUCACAAAGCCCACCUGGACAAACUCUUGGAGUUCUGUCAGAUGGGAAUAAAGGAGGGAGCCACCCUCGUCUACGGAGGAAAGCAGGUCCAGAGACCCGGUUUUUUCUUUGAGCCCACGGUGUUUACUGAUGUGCAGGACCACAUGUACAUCGCUAAGGAAGAGUCAUUCGGUCCCAUCAUGAUCGUUUCCAAGUUCAAGACCGGAGAGGUGGACGACGUCCUGAGGAGAGCCAAUGCUACGGAGUACGGACUGGCUUCAGGAGUUUUCACCCGGGACAUCAGCAAAGCUCUGUAUGUGAGCGAGAGGCUCAACGCCGGCACUGUCUUCAUCAACACCUACAACAAAACAGAUGUGGCCGCGCCCUUUGGAGGCUUUAAGCAGUCCGGAUUUGGCAAAGACCUGGGUCAAGAGGCCCUGAAUGAAUACCUGAAGACAAAAGCAGUGACCAUCGAGUAUUAAGCUCCCUUCCAGCAGAGGGCAGCAUCUCCGGAAGACUUCUCAGUGGCUGGAUGCAGACGUAAUGAUACUGACUACUCUGGUUGUGCCUCAACAAGCUAACCAAAUCAUGUAAAUGUAUCUAAUCAUUCACUCCUUUGCAACUGAGCCUUUGCGUAAACUACAAGAACUUUGAUCCUGAUCUGUCUGGAGAAACUCUGCAAUCACUGUGAAUUCACUCUGGAGAUGGAAGAAUAAGGAUCUUCCAAAAAAAAAUAUCUUCUUUUAUUAUGUUGUUGUUAAAAUGAGACCAGAACCAUUAUGAAUGUAACAUUCCCAACAAACCUUGAACACAAAUAAAAGCUGUUAAACAGCC